CUGCUAGGGGCAGCAAUGCGCCAAGCACAUCUUAGUCCUGCACGAAAAGAAGAAGAAAAACGACGAAGAAGACGUCUUAUACUUCCUGGAUGAAAUUAUUUAAAGUUGUUUUGAAUGUGCUCGCCGCCGUCUUCUUGUAGUCAUAAAAGGCAUCAUUUUGAUAUAAUUGUAUGUCGCUCCACUAUAUACAUCUCGUCAGUUUUUGCAUGAAGUGAUGCAAUAUGGCGCUAACCCGAGCUGUAGUCAGUCAGUGUUUUCUCGCAAGGUUAAGGACACAAGCUCGGUGGCAAAGCCGAAGAAAUGUUUACCUGACUGACACACCAGGCAGCUGUCAGUCCACGGUAGUUGUACUCAACCACGAAGGAACUGGUGAAAACAAACCAGGAGACCGGAAAGCUUCUUAUUGGGACGAGAAAGGAGGAGACCAUGACCACCACAGCCACUCAUUACUCCUUCAGACGUUGUCCGUUGGUUUGGGACUCUGUGGCGCUGUGCUUGUGGACACUAAAGAGGACGGACUGGCAAAGCACACAACAUUACAUGAUGUACUUGAACGCAUCCUGCCGUCAGCAGAGUGCGCGUCCCCGUUUAAACCGGACAGUCCUCGGUAUAAAUACAACUUUAUUGCAGAUGUCGUCGAAAAGUCCACUCCUGCGGUGGUCUACGUCGAAAUCAUGGGCAGACAUCCAUUUUCAGGGAGGGAGAUGGCCGUGUCCAAUGGUUCCGGUUUUAUUAUCAGCAGUGAUGGACUCAUAGUGACCAAUGCUCACGUGGUGGCCAACAAGAGAGGGGUCCGCGUCAAGUUGACCAAUGGAGAAACGUACAACGCCAUCGUGCAGGAUGUGGAUCAAGUGGCGGACAUCGCAACCAUUAAAAUCUCUGCAAAGAAUCCUUUACCCACACUCGCACUCGGCCGGUCGUCUGAUGUCCGUCAAGGAGAGUUUGUGGUGGCAAUGGGAAGCCCGUUUGCUUUACGGAACACCAUUACAUCAGGGAUCAUCAGCUCAGUGCAGAGGGGCAGUAAGGAGCUGGGCCUGUCCAACCCCAACAUGGAGUACAUACAGACGGACGCAGCCAUUGACUUUGGGAAUUCCGGAGGGCCACUCAUCAACCUGGAUGGCGAGGUCAUCGGAAUAAACACCAUGAAAGUCACUGCAGGAAUCUCCUUCGCAAUCCCAUCCGAUCGCCUCAGAUCUUUUCUUGAUCAAGCUGCAAACAGAAAAAAAGGCUCCUGGUUUGGCCAGUCAGAGACAAGGCGGCGCUACAUUGGCGUCAUGAUGCUAACACUCACACCAAGCAUAAUUUCAGAGCUUAAGUUGAGGGAUCCGUCUUUCCCAGAUGUGACCCAUGGAAUUUUGAUCCACAGAGUCAUCAUUGGCUCCCCUGCAAACAGAGCUGGCCUGUUGCCAGGAGACGUUGUUCUGAGAAUCAAUGGUGUGACUGUCAACACCUCAGAGGAGAUCUACACUGCCGUCCGCAGCAGCGAUAAGAUCACAAUGGUGGUGCAGAGAGGACAAGAGCAGCUUCAACUGCAAAUGAUUCCUGAGUUCACGGAGUGACCGCAACCAAAACACAUUUCUCUUAUGUCUGCCUGACAGACUGCCAUGGGACUUAUUUGUAGACGUGAGUCAAACCUGUUGGUCAUCAUGGCUGAAAUUAAAGGUUUUCUAAAAGUUUAAGCAAUGGUGGACUUUAAAUGUUAGUCUAGUUGGACUAAAUUCUUUACUUUUUUUUAAAAACUAGGACAAUUUUCUGCAAUUCAAACAAAAUGUUUUUCCGUGAAGUUAAUGACAUGUGAACGUUUUAUAAGACAGCUGUUUAAUGUUGGACAGCAACAAGAAGCAUUGCAUGAUCAAUUACACAGAUAACAAUGUUAAUGUUGUGAUGAUCACAUACAUAAAAUGUAGACCGGUCACAACCCCCUUAUUUUUGUUUUUAGCGUGUCACAUGUCAUGUUUGAUGGAAAACAGGCUGUAUAUGUGAAGCAAAGCAAGCCAGGUUUCGACAGAGCUGAAGUUAUGCAGCCAUACAUUUGAAUGAAUUUCCCGGUUAUACAUACAAUAACACACGUACAGUAAAGAAAUAAAGUGACAUGUACUGGGACUGCUACACACUUACAGCAAAUUAACAAAGCCAACAUUCAAACCACUGCAGGUUUAACCAAUAAGUUGCGGACUACAGACAUUUGUUUAGAG